UUGUUGCUGGGACAAUAAUGAUUGUCAACAAUAUGGCGGAAAAAUAAUGAAAGCAGGUGCUUGUGUUUUAGAAUAAGCCUCAAGUUACAAUGUCACUGGUCAGAACAGAUUACAGUCUACAAAAACAUGAGUGGGGAGACAGUAGGCGACAACGACUCAAACUUCCCAAAAUUGGUGAUAUUCCACAACCAACAAUAGACUAUGAAAAACUUCGAAUGCUCUGCAGUAUUGAAGGACUUAAAGGAAGAGACCACACAGAAUCAAGUGAAGAAGCUCAUCAAGAAUUUAUGAGAAACUACCAGGAAAUAUUUGCUAAACCACCCAAAAAAUCUGGUUAUCCAAACCACUCUGAAAAAAGGAAUGAAAUUAAGUCCUCAACUGCCAGUGUUACCAACAGAGCCACAGGUAAAACAUCAGAGGUGCUGAAACCCACAAGCAAGGAAUAUCCCAUUGACACUGUGACACAUGACAUCAGAGAUUAUAUGCCCCUGCUCCAUAAACAAAGAAAGAGUGAAGACCCAGCACAUGUACGACUGGACAAUUUACGAACACUAAGAAAGCUACUAAGAAAACUGCCAUUUGAGAGAUCACUACCAGAUAUAGAGAAAAUAUUCUCAAUUCUACAGACGUUUGAUUUCUUCAAAGAUAAGAUUCCACCUAAAGUUCUCCGAGAACUUUGUGUUGUUGGUGUUCUUGAGCAGUGGAAAGAACCAGGGUUUACAGUAUUUGGAAAAGUUGGGUUACAUAUGGUGUUGAGGGGAGCUGUCAAACCAAUAACUGACCCCCAUUUAAAUGAAAGCAAUGAAGUCCCAGACUCGCGUAGUUCAACACCUCUUCUUCCAGAGGACAAUGAAAAAGAGUUGGUUGCUGGUGAUUGUUUCGGAACAUUAGUUAAAGUAUCAAGAGAACAAGGUUCAAAAAUUUUCAGUGUUGUCACUGUGCAGCCAAAUUGUGAAUUCCUGAAGAUAUCAUCCACAGACUAUAUGAGAGUGAUCGAACAAAUAAAACAGCGGGAACAUACGGAAAAGGUGAACUUACUAUUAUCCUGUGGACAAUAUCAAAUGUGGCCAAAACAGCCAGUGCUGAAGGUAGCGGAGCUGAUUGAGUGGAUGAGUGCCCCUCCCAAUUCAUUACUGGUCAGUGAGAAAUAUAAAGCUCCGUACAUUGGCUUCAUCAAGUCUGGAGUCUGCCAUGUUCUCAAACAAGUAGAAGUCAUGCAUACUCAUCCUAAUGGACAGAGGGAAAAGAAAACCAAACAAGUGGUUGUGGGGAAACUGAAGGAGUCACAGUCAUUUUCAGAACUGAGUGUACUUUUAGACGAACCAAUAGACUGCACAAUCCUGACGGAUAAAAACGUUGAGCUAGGAAUCAUCAGAAAGGAAAGAAUCACAGAAUUGGAUGAUGAUACAAAGAAAUUGUUUCAACAGUCUGCAGAACCUACCUUUGGAAAUUUAAAAAAGAGUGACAUUCAAGAAGAAUACAUUAACCAGAAACUGAAGAGUGAGUGGUCCCAGUUUAAGCGUGGGGUUGUGAUGGACGUCAUAAAUUCUCGGGGUAUACGACCUGGAUAUGGCAAAUGGUCAAUGUCCUCCGGAAAAGAUAAAAUGUGAUUUUAAAAAAAUGGUGUGCCAAAUAAAUUAUUAACUUCAUAAUUAUGAAUAUUUGACUGAAUGAUGUAAACUUGUUUCUUUGUUACUAUAUACAUACAGUGCCCUAUUUUUAUUAAUUUAGAGAUGAAGAUUCAAGCUCCUUUACAUUUUCCUAUUUUGUAUAUAUAAAGUACAUGUUCUGUAUAUAAAGAACUCAUCUGUUUUUUAUCUUUAACAGAUUAUGUUACUGAUUUUGAAAUUCAUAUAUAAUUGAAUAUAAUGUUGUGAUUUACCAUUGUUGAAUGUUUGACAUAACUGUGAUAAUUAUGUACAGAUUUUAUGGAAAUAAAAGCAAUUCUGUUGUCAAUGAAUGCU